GUACCGUUCCAAGACCACUCCCAGUGCACGUGACAUGUGAAAUUUGAAUUGUGGAUAUCAGAUGCAACCGCUGUUUCUCCAAUUCAAUUUUUUGAAUUCCAUCAUACCCUCUCUCUCUCAAUUAAAUUUUUUUGCAUUUCCAUAGUAACCUCACUCUUUCAUAGAUCUAUCUGUCUCUCAUUUCGAAUGGAAUAGCCGCCAUCUAUCUCGCUUACUCAACGCCGAUUCUGACUCUCAGUUCACAACAUUGUAUGUAGGCAAGCUUAGGAAUUUGGUAAAUUGAGAGAACGCAGCUGAAGAUGGAGAACUCCGAAUCGUCGUCGCAGAGUGUGAGGGUCGCGGUCAAUGUCAGACCGCUCGUCACCGCUGAGCUUCUUGCGAGCUGUACCGACUGCAUUACCGUUUAUCCCGCGCAGAAGCAGGUUCAAAUUGGAUCCCAUUCGUUCACAUUUGAUUAUGUCUAUGGUAGCAAGGGAUCCCCAUCUUCAACAAUCUUUGAUGAAUGUGUUGCUCCACUUGUGGAUGCUUUAUUUCAUGGAUAUAAUGGAACAGUCCUUGCCUAUGGCCAGACUGGAUCUGGGAAGACUUAUACCAUGGGUACAAAUUAUAAUGGCGAAGAGCAUGGAGAUGCCAUCCUUCCUAAAGUAAUGGAUACCAUUUUCUCGAAAGUUGAGACUUUGAAAGAGUCUACCGAGUUUUUGAUUAGAGUAUCUUUUAUAGAGGUUUUCAAAGAAGAUGUGUUUGAUUUGCUAGACCCAAAGACUACAGGACCUGCAAGAGUUCCCAUUCAGAUCAGGGAAAGGGUGAGCGGAGGAAUUACGCUAGCUGGGGUUACAGAGUCGGAGGUGAGGACAAAGGAAGAGAUGGCUUCAUACCUUCUCCAGGGUUCACUAACUCGGGCAACAGGGAGCACAAAGAUGAAUAGUCAAUCAAGCCGUUCACAUGCUAUUUUCACAAUCUCAAUGGAACAAAGAAGACGAACUAAUGCUUUAGCUGAAGAUGACGUCGGUGACGAUGUUCUGAUAGCGAAGCUUCACUUGGUUGACUUAGCUGGCUCUGAGCGUGCUAAACGUACAGGUGCUGAUGGUUCACGUUUGCUGGAAGGUAUACACAUUAACAAGGGAUUAUUGGCUCUUGGGAAUGUCAUCAGUGCUCUAGGUGAUGACAAAAAGCGCAAAGAAGGAGGUCAUGUUCCUUACCGUGACAGCAAGUUAACACGCAUAUUACAAGAUUCACUUGGCGGCAAUUGCAAAACAAUUAUGAUCGCAUGUGUAAGUCCUGCUGACACAAAUGCCGAGGAGACACUUAACACAUUGAAGUAUGCAAACCGUGCAAGGAAUAUUCAGAAUAAAGCAAUUAUCAACCGUGAUCCAGUGUCAGACGAGAUGCAACGGAUGCGAAGUCAAAUUGAACAACUGCAAUCGGAGCUUCUUUAUUUUCGCGGAGAUUCGAGUGCACCUACUGAAGAACUCAAAAUUCUUAAGCACAAAGUAUCUUUACUUGAAGCUAGUAAAAGUGAGCUACAGGAGGCUCUUCAGGAAUGCCGAAUCAGUUAUGAGCAUCUGAAGCAACGAGCUAUUGAUGCUCAGGUGGAAAAGGAUAGACUGGUUAUGCUAGUUGAAUCAAUUCGAAAUGGAAAUCCUUUGGAUGAGAUUAAUGACAAAUCUGAUAAGGAUUUUGAUCUGGUGAAAAGUUAUAUCACUAGGAUUCAGGAACUAGAAAGUGAAUUAGUAAGGAUACGAAGUUCAAACCAUUUAAGGCACGGAAAUUCUGAUGGUUUUCUUUAUUCUGAAGACGAUGGAACUCACUCAAGAAAUUUGUUUAUGGAUGCUGAUAUCAGAACUGAAGAAACUGAUGUUGUGGUGGAAGAUGUGGAAAAAGAGCUUGAACAUUCUUCUAUUCAGGAGCAACUGGACAGAGAACUGCAAGAAUUGGACAAAAGACUUGAGCAGAAGGAGGCUGAAAUGAAGCGGUUUGCAAGCGGUGAUACAUCAGUCCUUAAGCAACAUUAUGAGAAGAAAGUACACGAACUAGAAAAUGAAAAGUGGACUCUACAGAAAGAGAUCGAUGAACUUAGGCACAAUCUUGCCAAUAUCUCUUCCAAUUCUGAUGAUAGUGCUCAAAAGUUGAAGGAGGAGUAUCUUCAGAAAUUGAAUGUUCUUGAAAAACAGGUAGCUGAGUUGAAGAAAAAACAGGAUGCUCAAACUCAACUGCUGCGACAGAAACAAAAGAGUGAUGAAGCUGCUAAAAGAUUACAUGAUGAGAUACAGAGAAUAAAGACACAGAAGGUCCAAUUGCAACAUAAGAUCAAGCAAGAAUCUGAGCAAUUCAGACAGUGGAAAGCAUGUCGGGAAAAGGAAGUGCUUCAGCUAAAAAAAGAAGGAAGAAGAAAUGAAUAUGAGAUGCAUAAGUUAUUGGCACUCAACCAGCGGCAAAAACUGGUCUUGCAACGAAAGACUGAAGAGGCUGCAAUGGCUACAAAACGUCUUAAAGAGCUGCUAGAUUCUAGGAAAGCUUCAUCACGUGAAACAUCUGGUGCAGGAAGUAACAGAGGUCCUGGAAUCCCGGCACUAGUGCAGACUAUUGAACAUGAACUUGAGGUAACAAUAGGAGUGCAUGAGGUGCGGUCAGAAUAUGAGCGGCAAAUGAAGGAGAGGGCUAGAAUGGCUGAAGAGCUAGCUAGGCUGAAGGAAGAAGCAUUGAUUGAGAAGCAGCAGAACUUCAGUGAGUUCCCACAGGUAAUGUCUCCUGGUGCUAGAAACUCCAGGAUUUUUGCCCUUGAGAACAUGCUUGCUACUUCGUCAAGCACCCUUGUUUCCAUGGCAUCUCAACUAUCAGAAGCUGAGGAGCGUGAACGAGCAUUUAGUGGCAGAGGAAGGUGGAACCAAGUUCGUUCUCUUGCUGAAGCAAAAAAUGUUAUGAACUUCCUUUUUAACUUGGCAUCAUCCUCUAGAUGCCAGCUAAGGGAUAGAGAAGUUGACUGCAGAGAAAAGGACUCUGAAAUUAGAGACCUGAAGGAAAAAGUAGUUAAUUUGGUAAGACAACUAGAGCUAACAAAGACAGAAUUCAGUCGUCGGGAAAAUUUGAUGAUGUUGGCACUGGAGAGACAAUCAAAUGGAAAAAUAGGUUCUGAGAAUACGACGAGCAAUAGUGACAAACAUGUUUAUGACUUGCGGCCUAAGGGAUCUCGAAAUUCUACUAUUCUCAGUAGUGGAAUAUAUGAUCUGGAGCUUUUAGAAGAUAUGGAUACAUCAGAUGAUGAACAAUCAAAUCUUGAAAAUGAUGAGGAUGGAGAUUGGGGCAAGACAAGAGAACGGAAAAGACGCACUUCAAGAAAAAGGAAUUCGAAAAUGGAACAUUUUGAUCAAUCCCUUUCUAUGAGGUACACUGAGGGAGUGUGCUGCUCUUGCAGCAAAUCGUCUUCCUGCAAGACCUCAAGAUGUGAAUGCCGAGCUGCAAGUGGCAUUUGUAGUUCAUCAUGCAGCUGUGAGGCUACUAGAUGCAGCAAUAGGGAAGCAUCUAUGAAGAACAUGUUGCAGCUUUCUGAUAAUAUGUCGGUGUGUGAUGAAGCAGAGACGAGUCAUGAUCUUGCUGCUCAUGGUGCAAUGCUGCUUGAAACUGCUCUUUCUGAAAAGCCUGCCAACCAAAACACUGAUGGUGCUGCGAGGAAGCCAUUAUCUGACAUUGGAAAUAACAUUGGAUUAUCUAGUAUACCAAAGCCAAAUCUUAGGAAAAAGUGGCGCAAGUCAGCCAUUCAGCUUGUGCCUGCUACUCCACCCAUCGCUCAGCCUCAGAACAGUGAAGCUCCUGGACAGCCACCCAUCGCUCAGCCUCAAAACAGCGAAGCUCCUGGACAGUCAAAAGCUAACAGAGAAAAUGACAUUCCAUUAAAAUUACCUAGAGCAAUGCGCUCUACAUUGACGAAUAACAAUCAGCUGAAACAGAGGAAUACAGAGCAGCCGAGCGAGUUGGUUGAUGGUGAUAUCUACACUUCAUCUCUUGGAAGUCCUCGUCAACAAGCAAAAACAAGAAAUGGGAAAGAAAACAAGGGAUUGUAAGCUCUGCUUAUCUCCUUGAAAUAUUAAGGAUGAUGUACAUGUUGCUUCCCCUAGUUGUAUUCUUGCUUUCUUUUAUAUUGACACCUUUAGGAGAUAAUUAUUGUUCAAUCACUUAGGAACUGUUGCAGUGCAGAAGUUUGCGUUGCUCCUGAUCAAACUGACAUUAUGUGAGAAAAAAAAGAAAAAUGGUUGUGUCGUGUUAGCUUUGUAUGUUUAUCCAUACCGGUUUAUUCUACAUGAAAUUCGAGUGAUGAUUUGUUUGGAUGUUA